AUGUUGUAUGCAUUUCCCAUCACAGCCCUCUUCUUGCCGUUUGUCGCCGCCGUUCCGAUACUUGACAGGCGCGCCGGAGGUUCUCGAACCACUCCUCCCGCAGGAUGUCUCGUCGUUGAGCAGGGCACAAGCACAUCUGGAUAUUACACAACAAUUGAAGACGCGAUAGAUUCGCUCUCUGGCUCAGCAGACGCUUGCAUUUUCGUCUACCCAGGAACAUACACAUUGACCGAGCAGAUUCUCAUCGAUUAUGAGGGAGCGCUCACCCUGUACGGUUCUACAACCGACGUCGGGACGUACGCGGAGAACACUGUAACAGUGCAAUGGUCAAUGACAUCAACCGAAGCCGGAUCAGACUCUCUCAGCGCCGCGAUUCAAGUCACUAGUGACAACUUCUCCAUGUACAAUAUCAACGUCAAGAAUACUUACGGAGCAGGCACCCAGGCUAUCGCAUUUACUGCUCAUGGUAACCAGCAUGGGUAUUAUGGAUGUGGCUUUUACGGCUACCAAGAUACCCUCUACGCUUACGCGGGAGAUCAAUAUUACAAGAACUGCUACAUCGAGGGCGCGGUGGACUACAUAUUCGGCGAUGCUGCAGCGUGGUUUGAGAGCUGCAUUCUGGCAUCGGAUGGGCCCGGCGCCAUUACUGCGAACUCUCGAGAGGAGACGACCGAUACUGCGUGGUACGUCAUCAACAACUCGACGAUCACGGCCGUGUCAGGCGACGACCUGUACCAAGAGGUUUACCUCGGCCGUCCGUGGCGAGAUUACGCGCGCGUCAUCUUCCAGUAUUCGAGCCUCAGCGACAUUAUCAACCCGAAAGGGUGGACGACGUUGGACCUCACGGCCAUUCCAACUUUUGAGGAGUACGAAAACACGGGUGCUGGAUCGGACACCUCGGAGCGCGUGAACGAGACGGUGGCCACUGCUGCAGUGACUAUGGCCCAGUUAUGGCCAGAUGGGUACAGCUGGAUCAACGCGACAUACUAA